ACCCUCGACCUUCCACGCCUACUUGCCCCUAAAGGAUAUAUCUAUCACCUUUGGUCUACAGUUAGUAGCGUUGACCACCAUCAAACCCUCGUAUCCCAGGAAAGCUAUGACCGCUAUCUUCCUCUUCUGCACGGCAAACGUGCCAGCAAGCACUGUCAACCGAUUCAUGACGGAAUUCUCAGAGACCAGCGAGGGUCCCAACUUCUUCUCCCUGGUUCGUCAUCCGGACCAGUCCUCCUUCGAUGAGUGGGGUACCGAACUACCUGUCGGAGACUUCACCACUGGCUUCCGCGAGGCCACGGAUGCUCAGCUUCGUCUGUAUGCCAAUAAUAAAAUCGCCGCGCUGAGGCAAACCGGAGCAGAGGGUGGCCUAGAGCCCGAAUGGAUCGCCAAGCUGGACGAGCGGUCUCAGUAUGACUCGACCGUGGUGUUGCAGUACUGCAUGCCCAAGUCUACCUGGAUUCAGAGUCUCGAAGAUGCUGAACUAGAGUUCCAUGUUCCUGGUCAGGCGGAUAUUGCGGAGGCUAGCGAUGAGAUCUGGUGGACCUGGCGAGUGGGCUUCGCCGAUGCAUUUUGGUUGUUUAAUGGCGUCGACGAUGGGGAUGUCGAUAUGAUUCUGCUGUAUACGCGACCGGAGUUCCUCGACCCGGACGGGGUGCUGCAUGUAGAUGUUCCACGGGGGAUCAUUCAGGGAGAUAUCCCAGACGCGAUCACUGAGAGUCGAAGCUGAGAGGGGGGCACAUGUUGAAUGAGAUCGUUUGCGGGGUAGGCGAAUCUUGUCCAGCUCUUCUGCUCCUAGGUGGAAAGUGUUCUGGUAAAGAUCCAUCAAGACCAGCGUUUUUUUGCGUCGCUCCUAUCGUCGCUGUGGUAGAAGCCCUCGGGCAAAUAAAUUACACCUUGGUGGCAAUAUUUGUAAGCGCUGGUCUCGGGGUUGAUUUUAGGACCGAGAUCAGCCCUAUCUUUGUCAACGUUUAAAGGGGCGGGAGAGAGAAGCGAAAAGAAGUCUGACA